UCUCCGACUUCUCCGCUCUUACUUAACUCUUCUAGCAGACGCCAACCCUUCUCCCACGGCAAAACCCGAUCUGUCACCAACAAUCGUACACCAAAAAGUUGCAAAAAGAGAUCUAAAUCGUUAUCCGGAACCUUCCGUUUCCUUGCUGGUCAAAGAUGAACCGGUUCGUGGCGAGGAGUUUGAUGCGAGGCCUCAUCGACGGCUGUAAUCACAGCCGCCGAGGCCUUUCGAUGGCCUUGAGGGUGAAUCCGUUGGAGACCGUGGGACUGGCGAGGAACCACCAGAGUGCGAGUGCACUUGGUGGCCUUUACAGGACCAGAAUGAUGAGCUCGGUGACGCCGGGGCCCACGACCACCACCUUGGCGGAGAAGAAGGAGAUAGACAGAGAGGAAGGAGUGGAAUCGGAGAAGAUCGACAAGGCCGCGGUGGUUUCGAGCUACUGGGGGACGUCGCGGCAGAAAAUCAAGAGAGAGGAUGGGACUGACUGGCCUUGGAAUUGUUUCAUGCCAUGGGACUCUUAUGAGGCAGACUUGUCAAUAGAUUUGAAAAAACACCAUGUGCCAAAGGCUUUUUUGGACAAAUUUGCUUACAGGACGGUGAAAAUUCUUAGAAUUCCAACGGAUAUAUUUUUCCAGAGACGGUAUGGGUGCCGUGCAAUGAUGCUGGAAACAGUGGCAGCUGUUCCUGGUAUGGUUGGAGGAAUGCUGCUGCACCUAAGGUCUCUCCGCAAGUUCCAGCAUAGUGGCGGUUGGGUCAAAGCUCUGCUUGAAGAAGCAGAGAACGAGAGGAUGCACCUAAUGACCAUGGUGGAACUUGUUAAACCCAAAUGGUAUGAAAGGCUGCUGGUCCUUACUGUGCAGGGAGUUUUCUUCAAUUCCUUCUUUGUUGUUUAUCUACUCUCACCAAAACUAGCCCAUAGAAUUGUUGGUUACCUGGAGGAGGAGGCUAUACACUCGUAUACAGAGUAUUUGAAGGAUAUUGAGAAUGGUAAUAUUGAAAAUGUUCCAGCUCCUGCUAUUGCUAUAGACUAUUGGAGGUUGCCCAAGGAUUCAACUCUAAAAGAUGUUAUAACUGUCAUCCGUGCUGAUGAAGCUCACCAUCGGGAUGUUAACCAUUUUGCUGCUGACGUUCACUUUCAGGGAAAGGAAUUGAGAGAGGCACCAGCCCCUCUUGGUUAUCAUUAAGAUGUAUUUUCUUGAAGAUUCAAAUAAACAUUAUAUAUAAUUUGUCAACAUAAUCUGCUACUGAAUAUUAUGAGGAUUUGUGUGUACAGGAGCACUCUUAGAUAUAUGAGAUGAGUUGAAGUAUGUGGAUUUCAAAUUGAAAUUUGGUUGAAUUUAGUUGCAGCUUUUCUAGCA